AUGAGAACAGGGAUGGGAGAGGGAUGGGGACAGGGAUGGGACAGAGAUGGAACCAUGGCUUGGGACAGCUGGGAUUCCCUGGAUUCAGGGAUGGGACAGCCGGAAUGCCCCAGGGCAGACCCAGGGAACAUCACCAGGCUCAGGGACAGGCAUGACACGCUGGUGCAGAUGGCAGGGACAUACCUGUGCAAACUGUGCAGGGUUGUGUUGAGGCUUCAGGCCUCAUCAGUGGCACAGGAACAGCCUCACCACCUUGAGAAGGUUCCGCAGGCCUCAUCCUGUGGGACACAAGGCAGGAUGAGCAGAGUGGGUGACAGCUGGGUCCCUCCCAAACAACUGCUCCACACCCGUAGUGAGGCUGGAUUUGGAUGCAGCCAUGGAUCUGAAGGGACAAUUGCAAGGAAGGAGCCAAGAGAAACCGCCUCUGAAGCUUCAAGGUGUGAAUUUGUAAAACCUCACUUGAGACAAUACUGAGCCCAAAGUGCCAUCUCUGCGGCUGGAACAAGGAUUCAACAACCUCUAAGAGCAGCCCCAGGAUGAGGAAUCUCCUUCUUGCCGUGCUCCUGGCUUGUGGGCUGCUCCCAGCUGGCACCAGUGUCCUGGAGCUGGAGCGGAUGAUCAGGUCGACCACAGGGAAGAGUGCCCUGCUCUCCUACAGCUGGUAUGGGUGUUUCUGCGGCAUCGGGGGCAGAGGGACCCCCGUGGAUCCCACCGACCGGUGCUGCCAAGCCCACGACUGCUGCUACAGGAGGGUGAGGGAGGACAAGUGCAGCCCAUUGAUCACCCCGUACACCUUCGCCACUGAUGACGGACACAUCACCUGCAGUAACACGCAGAGCUGGUGUGAGAGAGAGACUUGCCUGUGUGACAAGGCAGUGGCCUUGUGCUUCGCGAGUACUCUGCCUUCGUACAGUCAUUCCUACCGCUUCUACUUCAAGCUGAAAUGCCGAGGAGACAAGCUCCAGUGCUGAGGAAGGGGAAUCUGCACACAGAGCUCCAGAUUUGUCUGGUUUCCCCCACUGCUGUGGCAAGAAAAGCCUGGGGUAGGGGCUGAGCAGAAGCAGAGCCCACGAGGUUCCCUGCGAGGUGUUCAGGGUGAGGAAGGACACAUAUCAUGAAUGGAGACCCCCCAGUUCUCAGAAAGACACACCAACGUCCUCUUUUUUGUCCCUUCCUCCUCCCUUGAUUUCAUUUCCCAGCAAAGAUAAUAAAGACCUACAAUAAAAGGAA